UUAUCAUUAUUUCCAAUUACACCUCAUUGUUCUUAAUAUUAUACAAAAUUAGUUUUCUACUUAGUUGUUUCUUCUUCUUCUUCAAUGCAUUAAUUAGCUAUGAAGCUUCCUCUGGAGAGAGAAAGAGGGAGAGAGACUUGUCUCUCACCAUUGACGAGCUCCAUAGCUUUCCCGCGAAAUGGAGAAGAAACAUAACAAAAUUAUCUCUCUCUAUAUAAAAAUAAAAAUUUUACAACGUUUCUUUUUUAAAUUGUAAUUUAUAAUUUUCUUCCCUACCUUAAACUUUGGAUGCCCCUUUUUUCCAUGGCACUGUGGAGAAGUGGCGCAAAUUUGAAUUCUUCUGAAUGGUAAUGCGCGUCCAGGGAGAGAUGUGAGAUCCAAUCCGAGUCUUUAUUCGACGCAGUUAUUGACAUUUUCUUCGCCAUCACCACAGUUAUUCUUCUUGUGAAUGUUUCACUCUUUGAGGAAUUAUCAAACAUGGUGAAUUUUCACUCGUUGCUAUUGGCUUCUUCGAACAUUCUCUUCCCAAGUUGAUUCCUUGACCGUUUUCUGGGCACCCUUUGACGUGUCUGUUUCUGGGUGUUAUCUGUUUUCUGCAUAUAUAUUAUGUACUUGGUGCUUUUGCUAAACAAUAUACGGAUAUUCGAGCAUCUCUGAACCUUUCUGUUAUUUUGGUUACAGCUUUUGUAACUUCGUUUUCCUUCUUCUUCUGCGAUCAGCCUUUCUUCUUCACUUUUGGGUUGUUGGUUUGAUUUGUUUUCUUUCGUUUCGUUGACCCUUAAUUGGGUUGAGGGGUUUUGAGUUUUUGGUGUUUGGAAUUAUGGUUGUGCUUGAAGGAGGAUUGUGGUAGGGUGCAUUGAGGGUUUUAUUUUUAUUAUAUUUGGAAAUUGGACAGUGAGCUUGAAUUUGACAAGAACUUGGAGGAGGUUGUUAGUUUUGGUAGUUGCUGUCUUUGGUAGUUGGUGUUUAGAGGUGGAGCAAGUAGUUCAUCUUUCUAAGGGUCUUCUUCUUCUUCUUUGUUGUUGUUGAGGAUAUUGGUAAUUGAAUGGUGGACUUGGGGAGGAAAAGAAUGAAGGGAGAAAGGAGAAGGAAGUUGCGGCUUAGCAAAAUCUAUUCAUUUGCAUGUGGGAAACAAUCUCUCAAGGAGGAUCAUUCGCAGAUAGGAGAAAGAGGGUAUUCCAGGGUGGUGUUUUGUAAUGAACCAGAGACCUUUGAGGCUGGGAUAAGGAGUUACGCUGAUAAUUCUGUGAGCUCUACAAAGUAUAACCUUGCUACUUUCUUGCCUAAGUCCCUUUUUGAGCAGUUUAGGAGGGUGGCUAAUUUCUAUUUUUUGGUUACUGGCAUCUUGGCCUUCACAGAACUUGCUCCUUAUACUGCUGUCAGUGCUAUCCUUCCUCUGAUUAUUAUCAUUGGAGCAACUAUGAUCAAAGAGGGUAUUGAAGAUUGGCGAAGGAAACAGCAGGAUAUGGAGGUGAACAAUAGAAGAGUUAAAGUGCAUACAGGGCAAGGAAAUUUUGAAUAUACUGAGUGGAAGAAUCUGAAGGUGGGGCAUAUAGUGAAGAUAAUGAAGGACGAAUUCUUUCCUGCAGACCUCCUACUGCUUUCUUCCAGUUAUGAGGAUGCAUUCUGCUAUGUUGAGACCAUGAACUUGGAUGGCGAGACAAAUUUGAAGUUAAAACAAGGGUUGGAAGUAACUUCUUCCUUACACGAGGACUUUCAAUUAGGUGAUUUUAAAGCAACAAUCAAAUGCGAAGAUCCAAAUGCAAAUUUAUAUUCAUUUGUUGGGAACAUGGAGUAUGAAGAACGGCAGUAUCCUCUUUCUCCUCUGCAACUUCUUCUGAGGGACUCUAAACUUCGUAACACAGACUAUAUAUUUGGAGCUGUCAUCUUCACUGGUCAUGACACAAAGGUAAUUCAGAAUUCCACUGAUGCCCCUUCAAAGAGAACAAAGGUUGAGAAGAAGAUGGAUAGGGUUAUCUACUUCAUGUUUUGUAUUGUGUUUCUAAUGGCGUUUGUUGGAUCCAUUUUCUUUGGCAUUGCAACUAGAGAUGACUUGGACAAUGGAGUGAUGAAAAGGUGGUACCUAAGACCAGAUGACUCUACAAUUUUCUUUGAUCCUCAAAGAGCACCAGCUGCUGCUAUAUUACAUUGUUUCACAGCCUUAAUGUUAUAUGGUUUCUUCAUUCCCAUCUCAUUGUAUGUUUCAAUAGAAAUUGUCAAAGUUCUUCAGAGCAUCUUCAUCAAUCAAGAUAUCCAUAUGUACUAUGAAGAUGCAGACAAACCAGCCCAUGCCCGUACUUCAAACUUGAAUGAGGAACUUGGCCAAGUUGAUACAAUACUUUCUGAUAAAACUGGAACUCUGACCUGCAACUCGAUGGAGUUCAUCAAAUGUUCCAUUGCUGGGGUGGCGUAUGGCCGUGGUGUUACAGAGGUUGAGAAGGCUAUGGAUAGAAAGAAUGGUUUUCCUUUGAUUGACGAUUCAAGGGACUCGCCUGUCAGAAAUGCUCCCAUCAAAGGAUUUAACUUUACAGAUGAAAGGAUAAUGAAUGGAAAUUGGUUUAACGAGCCUAAUGCAAAUGUUAUUAAGAAUUUUUUUCACUUAUUGGCAAUUUGCCAUACAGCCCUACCUGAAGUUGAUGAAGAUACAGGAAAUGUCUCAUACGAAACUGAAUCUCCAGAUGAAUCAGCAUUUGUGAUUGCAGCAAGAGAAAUUGGUUUUGAAUUCUAUAAAAGGACUCAGACUAGUUUAUCAAUCUAUGAAUCGGAUCCAGUUUCUGGUGACAAAAUUGAACGGACAUACAAGCUUCUCAAUGUUUUAGAAUUCAAUAGCUCAAGGAAGCGAAUGUCAGUGAUUGUGGAAGAUGAAGAAGGGAGAAUUUUGUUACUCUGUAAAGGUGCUGACAGUGUCAUGUUUGAGAGGCUUGCCAAGGAUGGGAGGGAGUUUGAGGAGAAAACCUUGGAACAUGUACAUGAGUAUGCUGAUGCAGGUCUAAGGACUCUAAUUCUGGCAUAUCGUGAACUUGAUGAAAACCAAUACAAUGAGUUUAACAAUAACUUUUCUGAAGCAAAAAAUUCAGUUAGUGAAGAUCGGGAAACACUGAUUGAGGAAAUAUCAGAUAAGAUCGAAAGGAAUCUAAUCCUUCUUGGGGCCACUGCUGUAGAGGACAAGCUCCAAAAAGGGGUUCCUGAUUGCAUUGACAAGCUUGCCCAAGCUGGAAUUAAGAUCUGGGUUUUGACUGGGGAUAAAAUGGAGACUGCCAUCAAUAUUGGUUUUUCUUGUAGUUUACUAAGACAAGGAAUGAAACAAUUUAUAAUUCAAUUGGAAACUCCAGAAAUUAAAGCAUUGGAGAAGGCUGGAGACAAGGUGGCUAUUGCUAAGGCUUGUCAAGAAAAUAUCCGCCAUCAAAUAUCUGAAGCUUCUCAGCAGCUGACUGCCUCCAGAGGAACUUCUCAGCAAGCAUUUGCUUUAAUUAUUGACGGAAAAUCACUUUCUUAUGCACUAGAGGAUAAUAUGAAGAGCAUGUUUUUGGACCUUGCAAUUCGUUGUGCAUCAGUUAUCUGCUGCCGUUCCUCACCAAAGCAGAAGGCACUGGUCACUAGACUGGUAAAAUCUGGUACUGGUAAAACUACAUUAGCUAUUGGUGAUGGUGCUAAUGAUGUUGGAAUGCUUCAAGAAGCAGAUAUCGGGAUUGGAAUCAGUGGCGUUGAAGGAAUGCAGGCGGUUAUGUCUAGUGAUAUUGCAAUUGCACAGUUCCGUUAUUUGGAAAGGUUGCUUCUUGUUCAUGGACAUUGGUGUUACCGAAGAAUCUCAUCAAUGAUAUGCUACUUCUUCUACAAAAACAUCACAUUUGGGUUUACUCUAUUCUUAUAUGAGGUGUAUGCAUCGUUCUCUGGGCAACCGGCAUACAAUGACUGGUUUUUGUCAGUCUAUAAUGUAUUCUUUUCGUCACUUCCUGUGAUUGCUCUUGGAGUCUUUGACCAGGAUGUGUCUGCUCGGUAUUGUCUGAGGUUUCCUAUAUUAUAUCAAGAAGGCGUGCAAAAUCUUCUCUUUAGCUGGCGGAGAAUUUUCAGCUGGAUGCUAAAUGGCUUUAUAAGUGCCAUAAUAAUUUUCUUUUUCUGCACAAAAGCAAUGGAAAUUCAAGCCUUUGAUGAGCAGGGAAGAACUGCUGGCAGGGAUAUACUCGGAGCAACAAUGUACACUUGUGUGGUUUGGGUUGUGAACUUGCAAAUGGCUGUUGCUAUAAAUUACUUCACCUUGAUUCAACACAUUUUCAUCUGGGGUUCCAUUGCUCUCUGGUACCUUUUCCUCCUGGCAUAUGGUGCAAUGUCUCCCAGCAUUUCAGGAAAUGCUUACAAAGUCUUCAUUGAAACUCUUGCUCCAUCGCCCUCCUUCUGGAUUGUGACAUUGGUUGUCGUGAUCUCAACACUCAUCCCAUACUUCUCUUACUCAGCAAUACAGAUGAGGUUCUUUCCCAUGUAUCACGAAAUGGUACAAUGGAUAAGGCAUGAGGGAAAGACAAAUGAUCCUGAAUUCGUCGCUAUGGUGCGGCAAAGAUCACUGCGGCCAACAACUGUCGGUUCAACGGCUCGCUUGGUGGCUAAGGAUAAUGACUUCAAAGACAGUUCAACUAACCAUAGAUAGUAUAUGUUGACAUAUUUGUUUCAACAGUGGAAUGAUGCGUAGUUUGUGUUUACCACCUUUGUUGUGCAUAGAUUCACGAAAUUGCUUACAGGCUCCUCUCAACCAGAAAGCAAUGUUGCUUACAUCUACUUCCUUGGUAAUGGCACGGUGCACAUAACCAAACCAUCAUUUGGCUGUCAAAUUUGGCAAAUGAAUAAAACGUAUACCUCAUUUUUUGGCCAUUUGAGGCUGUAAGUGUUAAUUUAUAGUUUGUUUUUUGUAUCAUAGAUUGUAGCAGUUACCGUGUACAGCUUGAAUUCUUUGUAAAAUUAUAUAGCAUAGCUUCUUAUUAUAGAAAUCAGUUCCUUCAUUCCUUUUCAGUAAUUCUUCUGUUGAACCUAUCAUCUUAGAAAUGCCUUCAUUACUCCUUGAUUUUCUUCAUUUCUGUUUUCUUCAUUUUUUGUAAAUAAUAGAGAAAUGUAAUGUGUGAAAUGCUACUCACUUUUAUAUCUCUGGUUUUUGGGAAGCCUCAAAAUAGAUGUAUGAUCAGAAUUGUGGCCUGAACUAUUUGAACCUUUUAUUAUCAGAAUCAUAACUGAUAAGUUCCUUCCACUAGUUUUAUCUCCAAACUCUUUUACUUUCCUGCCUUUAGUUCUUAGAAAUCCAUUCAACACUUUCAUGCUCGCUCUUUAUUCGUUCAUAAAACUGUUCUUUGC